GACGCCGUCCAUCCACACCAGGAACCAGCUGAUGCAGAAGCCGAGCAGCAGCCCCAGCAUGAGGUCGAUCUCCUGCUUGGUGACGUUGUCUGUCACGAAGUAGUUCUCGGAGGCGUCCACCACCGACUGGUCCCCGUCGUCCCUGCUGCUCCUUCCCUGCUGAUGUCCCUGCACCAGCGGCGGCCACACAGCGCCUUCCUCCCGGCAGCAGCCCAGCAGGGAUGGCAGUGGGCAGGCCUCUGCUCACACCCCUUCCUGCUCCUCCUGGGAACUCCCGGAGGCCAUCCCGCUCCGCAGGUCCCGAGUGGUCCCAGUGGUGGGGCCUCGGCCACAGCCCCACGGAGCAGCAGGGGCCACCAGCCCGGAGUCAGUCAGCAAGGACGGCCCUGCUCCUCUGUUGACAGUUUGUCAGGAGCCACCAUGAGUCACCAAUAAGUGGCGGAAGACUGUUAAUCACCACCCGGAAUGUGCAGCCGCUGCCGGUUGCCCAGGAGCAGAUUCAUGACCCUUUCGAGGUGCCCGUCACUUGGGACGCACCGGGCCGGGCAGGCUGCACCGGGGCUGUUAACAGGGAGCCACACGGUCGCCUUCUGCUCUACCCAGCCUUCUGGGCCUAAGACCCCCGGCAGGGCCUUCCUCGGCAUGCUGCCUCGGGCCCCUGGACACGCGGCCGGCCAAGGCGGGGAGCUUGAAGACCAAGCUGCCACGGAAGCCAGAGACGCCCCCGGUGCCCUGGAGCAGGGCGAGGCCAGGGCCCCAACCAGCCCUGGUGGCUCGGGACCUCCAGGGGGUCAGAGGUCACAACCUGUGCCCCCAGCCCUGGCCUGGCCUCUGCGGUUCCUCCCUGCCCCUUACCCUCCUCCUUCCUCCAAGUCAGGCCCCUGGGGACAGGGGCUCGGGUCUCCCGUGUGCCCACGUGUUUUCACGAUGUGUACACACAUGGGUCUUGUCUGGGCCACGCAUGCUGCCUGUGUCUGCCUGCGGUCCGAUGCAUGUUGUGUAUACACGCCGGCCACAUGCACAGGACGUGGCGUGUAUACGGGGGUUCAGGCCACGAGCUCCGCUGUGCAUGUGCAUGCUUGCCCGGGCACGAGCACGGUGCGUAUCACAUGGACGUGCGCAUGCACUCAGUUUUGCACACAGCCAUCCUCUGUGGGUGUGCGGCCUGCUCACCGCACACGGGGAGUCCGCCGUGGCGGCUCGUGUGCGCGGUUUACACACGGAUCCCUCGCGUGCAAAACUGUUCUCUGCAGACACGUUCGCCGCGCCCACACGGAGCACCCGCUUUGGCGCACCGUAUGUAUGAUCCGCACGUGCCGCGCGUCCACAUACAUGGCGUCCACACGUACCACGCCGUACACUGAAUUUACAUAUCCCGUAUGAGGUGAUGUGUACACAGCACACACGUGGACAUGCGCACCCGGAAACUGCGGCGGGUGUGACUCUCCAUGUCUUCUGCACCCACAGACACGCUGACCUGCACACACGGGACCAGGAGCUCCAGCCGCACCUCCGCGGGCACUCGCUUUACCUGAGUCCGGACGCUACGUGUGACGCGCACACACACCCUGGGCAGAUACGCUCGGAAAGCAAAGCCCGUCUGCCCAGACGGGCCCUCGGCGGGAGGUCACAGGCACUUACACGCUGGUCAUAACACAAUAGCCCACACACACGUAAAAUGUGCAUUCCUGACGUUUAUGGAGCUCGGAGCCCGGGCCUCACGGGGCGCACACUGCCAGCCACCGGGAGGGUCUCAAGACCGCCCCGGUUCAUACCCACUCGUGGCCGUGGCUGUCUUAGGAGGCGGCGGGGCUGACCUUGUGCCUUUCCUUAGCCUGGGGCCGCGUGCACCGGGAAGGAACACAGGGAUCUCUGGGAAAGAGUAGCCACCCGCCCAGCAAACGCUUCUGACGGUUCUUGGCCAGCACACGUGAGGGUCAUUUACAUGCCCCUCUCUACCUUCCUGGACGUCUGUGUUCUGCUUUCCACACACUGGUCUGCACCCACGGGCACGUGGCAUGCUUAGUGAGGCAUGAAACUAUCCUCUCUUACACAACCCCCCACACCCACUGUGUGCGCACACAUGUCCGUGGAGCAGAAGUACAGGACAAGGGUGAGGAACACAGCGUCUGGGCCCACGCCCCUCGUCCCUUACUAGCUGUGUGACCUUGGGCGAGUCUCUACCCACCCGAGCAUCUUUCUGCUUUUUUUGGCCCCGGCAAGAGGGCUUCCUGUGGGGAUGGCGUGCAUGCGAAUGUGUACGUGUGCUAUGUGUACGCACAUGUAUAUGCACAGACAGUACACAUAUGCGCGUCUCAUGAGAAGAUGUUUAUUUUGUACAUGGACGUACAAACAUGCAUGGCCAGGAAGACUCCAUUACUACAUGUGCACAGAAUGGGGGCGUUCACACGGUGGAUGUGGGGGCCUGGGCUCUCCCAUCCCUCUCUGAAUGACCUUGAGCAAGCCACACCCAGCUCUCCCCCAGUCCCUCCUCUGUUUAAGGAGAGGGUGGGACCAGAUGGUCUGCCCACCUUGACCUUCUGCACUUCCCCGUACCUGGCUCGCAGGAAAGUUCACGAACAUUAGUGCAGGGCCCGGGGAGGAUGGUGUACUCUGUGGGCACGGCCGUGCGCAGGAUCCUUCCUGACACACAGGACUGGACUGUCGCCCUCCUGGCUUCCAGGCCCUGGACCCGGAGGCCCAGGGCCCAUUCCGCUCCUCGCCCUGGCACAGGCCCUUUCUCUAAAGGCAUUUUGGGAGGGGGUCCUGACUACCCGGGCAUGCUCCCCCUGCUGGAAAGCGAUUGGCCAAUCCCCAGGUGCCCAGCGGAGGCUGGUUCGUCCUUCCCCCCGCGGGCCUAGCGCAGUCCUGCAGCCAGGCCCGCUUGGGGCUCGCCUGCGCCCCAGUGGGCCCUGCCGCCGCCGCCGCCGCCGCCGCACAUGUGUGAUCACGCGUGUGCCCAACCGGGCGCGGACUCACCGGCCA